GUCGGGAGCAACUUCCAGCAAACCUUCCUCCUCGGCCUCUGGGGUGACUACCGCCGCCGCCGCUUCGGGUUCCAAGACCUGUGUUCCGGCUACACUGCCACGGCGGCCGCCGCAGAACCUCCCCUUGCGCUUGGCUCUAUUCAUACUCGUUUCCAGGUGGCUGCCGCAGUCCAAGCGGCGGUAGCGGCCGACAUGUUCUGAGGCGCGGCGCGGGUGUCCGAAGGAUGGUUUGGCCGAGGCAGCGGCAGCGGCUGCUGGCGGGGGCGGCAGCUGGGGCUCGAGCUGUGUAGAGCCGAGCCUGCGGGUGUCCGCCCAGCGCCGAGGCGAGGCUGGUACCGCCGGGUCUCGCCCGGCGUCGGCGCCGAGGACCGGUUAGGCGACAGCUCCCGCCCCUUUGAGAAGACGCGAAGGUGGUUCCCAGCCGCUGCGAUUUCCGGACCACCUUGCCGUCCCCUCUGCCACCGAGGCAGCGGUGCCCCGAGCCCUCAGCCUCCCUCCCGCGACUUUGCUCCAGACUCGCGCUGAAUCUGUCAGCGGCCAGUGUUCCGCCCUCUGGAGCGCGUUUACCCUCCCUUCCUCUUUCUCUCUACCCUCCUCGCGUGCUCUAGGGAUCAGCGCAGAGGCGGCCUUCUGAGAAGUCUCUGAAGUAGUGCUCCAGAGCCCGGGGUGUUUUUAAAAGUCGGAGCUCGGAGAGAGGAAGGUACGAUGGCCUCCUCAUCCGGCAACGAUGACGAUCUCACUAUCCCCAGAGCUGCUAUCAAUAAGAUGAUCAAAGAGACUCUUCCCAAUGUCCGGGUGGCCAACGAUGCCCGAGAGCUGGUGGUGAACUGCUGCACUGAAUUCAUUCACCUUAUAUCAUCCGAAGCCAAUGAGAUUUGCAACAAAUCAGAAAAGAAGACUAUCUCGCCAGAGCACGUCAUACAAGCACUAGAAAGUUUGGGCUUUGGCUCUUACAUCAGUGAAGUAAAAGAAGUCUUACAAGAAUGCAAGACGGUAGCAUUAAAAAGAAGAAAGGCCAGUUCUCGUUUGGAAAACCUUGGUAUUCCUGAAGAAGAGUUAUUGAGACAGCAACAGGAAUUAUUUGCAAAAGCUAGACAGCAACAAGCGGAAUUGGCCCAACAGGAAUGGCUUCAAAUGCAGCAAGCUGCCCAGCAAGCACAGAUUGCUGCUGCCUCAGCUAGUGCAUCUAAUCAAGCAGGAUCUUCUCAAGAUGAAGAAGAAGAUGAUGAUAUCUGAAUUCACCAGCUGAGUUUCUGUUUCCUCUAUAAAUGUUUUUUCUUGCACAACAAAACAGUGAAAGAAAUGCUUAUCUCUAAUUUUGUAUCCAUCUUGGUGGACUUACCAUUGGUAUUCUAAGGAUGUCUACUGUUAAGUUUCAUCUAUUGUGUGCUGUACAUGUAAAAACUGUCUCUUUGAACUAUUGAAAAUUUAAGGUUCAAUAUAAUAUCAAUUUUGAAUUUUUAAAGGUGUUUAUGAAAUUUUAGAUAGCAAGUGAGCCCUUUAUUUGAUCAAUAAACAGUGUUACAGAAUGCUUCAAGUUUAUAAAAAUACAGUGAAAUUUUUGAGCUCUUAAUCUGCAUUUACAAUUCUUCUGCCCUUUUAACUAAAAUUGGGAAUUUUAAAUUGAGGUCUGGUGUGGUAUGACUCAGAAUACAUUGGAUCAGGUUGGUUAAAAAAAAGAGUUCAGUUCUGUAUCUGAAUUUUUUGUCUUUUAAAAAGAAUAUAUAUAGAGGUAAUAAAUAAAUAUAUAUAUAUAUAUACUCAGAUACAUACUGUUUAGAGAAACUUCAAAAUAAGACAUUGAAAAAGUAGAAAAGAGUGUGUUCAGUAGUAGUAUAAAUUUGGUGAGUUUUUUUUAAUUUUGUUUUGUGUAGAGGUAAAAACUAGUUUUAUUACAGCAUAAUUUAUCGUGAGCUAAGCUAUUACAUUUCAAAGACUGCCCAAUUUUGAGGACUGUCAUGAUUCUUCCUAUUUCACUCCCGUUCAGUAAUUAACAGUACUACUUGCUUAGUCCAUCCAUGUUUAUAUUCAGGUAUAUAACCUGGACUUGUUAAACAAUUGCUUGGGUUCCAUUGGUUUAACUGAGGUUUAUAAAUAUUCAGACCUUUGCCAAGGAAAGGAAAUGAAAGCUAAUGAGCAUGCUUGCUAUGAAAGAGGGCCCCCCCUUUUUAAAAUUUAACUUAUAGCUGUAGUUUACUUGUUUGCUUUUAGCAUUACAUUUACAUUUUCUUGACUAGAUGGCCUAGAGUCCACAGCUACCUUUUGAAAUGGCACCAUUGUCUCCUUUAUCAUAAUUGAAUGAUAGCUUUAAAAGUUUGGUUUUGUUUAAGAAAGUGUGUCAUAACCUCUCACCCCUAUAUGAAACAUAAAUAGUUUCAACCUGCUUAUUAAAAGGGAGAAGCUUUAAUUUGGUUCCAAUAAAUAGAGAACAGUAGUGAUUGUUAUAGGAAUCUAGCAUAUGGAGAAAUUGCGGUAUUGUUUGUAUUUGGGGAACAGAAAGUAAAAGCCAAUUAAGAUAAUAUGAAGUAAUUAAAUUCCUAUGUCAAUUGCCAAAUCAUUUGAAUUUCUAUAUUCACCAAGCCCCCAAAUAGAUCCUCGUUGCAAGGAUUCCAAUUUUAAUUGAAGAACUAAAUAAGUAAAGUUUAUAAGUAUUAGAUAUGUUAAUGAUUAUAUUUUUCAGUUUUAGAAAAGGGAAAUAGUGUUAUAUAUUUAUCAAAUACACUUCACCCACAUAAUGAGAAGGUUAAUAAUUUUGAUGCAUGUUUUCAGUUGAAGUUACUUCAUUGAUAUCACACCCAUGAAGUAUAUUUGGACAAAAUGGAAGGAAUUGUUUUUUAAAAAGUUAAAGUACCAAAGGUAGUCUAGUCUAGAGAAAUAAUAAGUGUUGGCUUUACUAAUUUGUACUGUAACAUGCUUAUACUUUCUAUUUUACAUGUAUCUAUUUCUCAAGUAAAUAACUUAGGUAUUUUUCCAUACCUUUUUCUUUCUGAUGCAGAGUUCAGGUUAAUAUUUUACUGCAUCUGAUAAUGUACUAUAUGUUUGAAGCCUAGUGACUUUUCAUUUUGGCAUUUUUGUGAUUGCAUAUGCUGUAUUCUUCAAGCAAUAAAAUUCUGAUGUGUUUUAUAAA